CAAGCAUCUGCGCCGCCCCGUCUUCUUCUCAGACCUGCAGUUUGUUUCUUGUGCAAUGGACGGCCGCCUAGACGCUGACUUGUACCCUCUGGGAUCCGGCUACGUCCCUGAAAUCGAGAGUGUCCAUGACAUAUCAGUUGGCACAAAGAGGGGAUCCGACGAACUCUUUUCUUCCUGCAUAUCCAACGGACCCUAUAUCAUGAACGCAGCCAAUGGCAACGACAGCAAAAAAUUCAAAGGUGACGUCCGCAGCCCUGGUGUUCCGUCACGUGUGGUCCACGUACGCAAGCUUCCCAAUGACAUAAACGAGGCCGAAGUUAUUGGCCUGGGAUUGCCCUUUGGGAAGGUCACCAAUCUGCUGAUGCUGAAAGGGAAGAACCAGGCGUUCUUGGAACUGAACAGCGAAGAGUGUGCACAGACGAUGGUGAGCUACUACUCCUCUGUCACUCCCGUCAUCAGAAGCCACCCCAUCUACAUGCAAUACUCGACCCACAAGGAGCUCAAGACGGACAACUCUCCCAACCAAGUGCGUGCGCAGGCCGCUCUGCAGGCAGUCAAUGCUCUGCACGGUGGUGGCAUGGGAGGCAUGGCCAUUGCCACAGAUCCAGCGGCCAUGGGACAGGCAGGGGGUCAAAGCCCUGUUCUCCGAGUCAUCGUGGAAAACCUCUUCUACCCCGUCACGCUGGAUGUCCUACACCAGAUUUUCUCCAAGUUCGGUACAGUGCUGAAGAUCAUCACUUUCACUAAGAACAACCAGUUCCAGGCUCUGAUCCAAUACGCCGAUGGCAUGACAGCUCAGCAUUCUAAACUGUCUCUGGAUGGACAGAACAUCUACAACGCCUGCUGUACCUUGAGAAUUAGCUUCUCCAAGCUGACCAGCCUCAAUGUCAAGUACAACAACGAUAAGAGCAGAGACUACACUCGACCAGACCUCCCAACUGCAGAUUCACAGCAAUCUCUUGAUCACCAGACCAUGGCCGCCGCUGCAUUUGCUGCUCCAGGAUUAAUCUCGGCCUCUCCUUAUGGUGGCGCUCACGCCUUCCCCCCAGCCUUUGCCAUCCAACAAGGUCAGUUUCCAGGUCUGUCCAUGCCUGGAAUGCCUGGUGCCCUGGCGUCCCUGGGUAUGAGUCACGGUGGCAUGGCAGCCGCCGCUGCAGCCGCCAGCAGGCUCGGCCUGUCAGGCCUCACUGCCACUGGGGGACACAAUGUCAUGCUGGUCAGCAACCUGAACCCUGAGAGCGUUACGCCACACUGCCUCUUUAUUCUUUUCGGUGUGUAUGGCGACGUGAUGCGGGUGAAGAUCCUGUUCAAUAAGAAGGAGAAUGCUCUGAUCCAGAUGUCUGAUGGCACACAGGCCCAGCUAGCUAUGAGCCACCUGAACGGCCAGCGGCUGCACGGCCGAGCCAUGCGUGUGACGCUGUCCAAGCACACCACAGUGCAGCUGCCCAGAGAGGGCCACGAGGAGCAGGGCCUCACGAAGGACUACAGCAACUCACCGCUGCAUCGCUUCAAGAAGCCUGGCUCCAAAAAUUACUCCAACAUCUUCCCACCCUCUGCAACACUCCACCUCUCCAACAUUCCGCCUUCAGUGGUGGAGGAUGACCUCAGGAGACUGUUUGCCAGCUCAGGAGCAACAGUCAAAGCAUUCAAGUUCUUUCAAAAAGACCGCAAAAUGGCCCUGAUCCAGAUGGGCUCAGUCGAGGAGGCAAUCGAGUGCCUCAUCGAGUUCCACAACCACGAUCUUGGAGAGAACCAUCACCUUCGAGUGUCCUUCUCCAAAUCCACCAUCUGAGUGCCUUCCCUUCCUCCCUCCAAAUCUGCUGCCACUUGAACGCUACUUCUCUCAAGUUCGCCUUCAGUGGAAAUAGCAACCAUAACACAUCUGUGGCUGUGUUUCUGUGCAGGGUGUUGCUCCCGAGACCACAAUUCUUAGUCAUUCCACAUCGUUACUAGGUUUGGGCAUCAGAUUUGAUCAAGUCUGCUUAUUGAUUCCAGUUAUUAAUUACCAAUUGCAAAAGAGCAAGCAUAAAAGACAUCAAAAACUGAAAUUAUAUUGAAUAAAAAUAUUGCUAAUUAAGAACAAAUCUGCCUACUAUUACAUUAGUGUUUCACCAUAUGUAGACAUUUUCAGGAGUCAUUAUUUCCCCCUGUCCACUUCUGACCAAUAUUUGGCUCAAUCAGACCCCGACUCCCAGACAUGAGAUUAUUUUGUCGGGCACUAUCGUUAAAUUACAGAUUAUUUGCCCCCAAUAAUGGAAAUCAUCUCUUCAGUUGUUUGCAAAAAUGCAGAGGUGUCAACCAAAGUGUCUAAACUUUGAUUAUACUCAAUUUGUUUUUGAUCAAAUUCAGAUUUUUUAUUCAAAG